AUGUUAGAGGUUUCCGGUGUUGGAGCUAUAUGUAAAUCGGAAGGAGUAUCAGCAGAAUUAUCAUCACCAUCAUCGAUUAUUAUUAUUAACACUAUUGCAUUUAAUGCAAAUGGAAUUUUUAAUCUAUAA